ACCAUGAGUUCCCAAGGGGUAACUCAGGACACCGAACUGGACCUGAAGGACGUGGAGCUGAGCGACCUCGAUACUGAGAAGCAGCCCAUAAACGCCUCUCCGCCCCUGGCUGGUUCCCCGGGCAGCCUAGGCGAGAAGAACGGAGUGGUGAAGGUGAAGGUAGCGGAGGAGGAGGAAGAGAGCGAGAUGGUGUCCAAGUUCACCGGCCUGUCCAAGGAAGAGCUUCUGCAGGUGGCCGGCACCCCCGGCUGGGUGCGCACCCGCUGGGCACUCCUGAUCCUCUUCUGGCUGGGCUGGCUGGGCAUGCUGGCGGGGGCCAUCGUCAUCAUCGUCCAGGCCCCCCGCUGCAAGGACCUGCCCCAGCAAAAGUGGUGGCAGAGAGGGGGCAUCUACCGCAUCCAGCCCACGGAAAGGUUCCAGGACUCCAACGCGGACGGCGAGGGGGACCUGGCAGGCCUGAAGCUGCGGAUGGAUUACUUAAACUCUCUCAAGGUGAAAGGGUUGGUGAUCGGGCCCCUCCACGUCAACCUCAAAGAUGACCUGGCUGGGACAAACCUCCAAGCCAUCGACCCCAAAUUUGGCACAGCGACGGAGUUCCAGGAGGUGCUUCAGGCUGCAAAGAAAAAGGGCCUCAAAGUAGUCCUGGACUUGACGCCCAACUAUAAAAGCCAGUCCCCUUGGUUCAGUCCUGAGAUCCUUACCAGCAGUGACUUCCAGGACAAAAUGAAGGCGGCAAUAGACUUCUGGCUGCAGGAAGGUGUGUCCGGGAUCCAGAUCGGAAGCAUCGAGCAUGUACUCAAUGAGACCCAGCUCUUGAUCGACUGGAAGAACCUGACUGAGAAACAUGAUGUUGAUGAACAUUCCAGGGUGCUGAUCGCAGCGACACGCAGAGGGGACCCCCCAGGCAUUUUCUCCCUCCUCAAUGAGACGGAGGGGGUGGACCUGCUGACCAGCCAGUACCUGCUGGGGCUGGGAGAGGACAGCCAUGGCGACACCCCCGCCCGCCGGAUCGACAGCUACAUCCAAGCUUCUGGGGAGAAGUGGCCCAGCUGGAGCGUGGGGAGACCCGCUGCCAGGCUAGUGGGGGAACACCUUCUCCGCCUGUACCACAUGCUGGUCUACACACUGCCGGGGACUCCCUUCACCGACUUUGGCGAUGAAAUCGGGCUGCGGGACCUGCCAGGACGGCCUGCAGAGUCCACGCUUGUUCACAUGCAGUGGGAUGAUACCAUAAACUAUGGGUUCUCCAAAGAUGCACAGCUGAGUGGCGGAGAGCAGCUGCAGAGAGCUGCAGACAGCAAUGUCACCGUGAAGAUGCAGAACGGGGAUGAGUCUUCCAUCUUGAAGCUCUUCCAGGGCUUGAGCGAGCUGCGUGGGAAAGAGCGCUCCCUUCUUCACGGCGAGUUUUGGCUGGCCGGCUCCUCCGACCCCAGUGUCUUUGCUUACUUGCGCAUCUGGGAUCAGAACAAGCGCUACCUCGUGGUGCUCAAUUUCGAUCCCAAGCCCACCACGGUCUCCCUCACGCACCAUCUGCUGCCCUCGGAAGCCACAGUGGAGCUCAGCACCAACCCGCAACGGGAACCGAAGCAGCAGCUCAGUGUGGCGGAUCUCAGUUUGGGUCCCUCGGAAGGGCUGUUGCUCAGUUUCCCCUACGUGGCCUAGUUUAACGUCAGACGCCUCCUGUUGUGGGGGAGG